CGUGCUGACUGGUUCAUUAUCCGUGAUGCAAGCCGUUAUCCUGCAGAAAUCAAAGGAAAUAGAUAUGACACGGAAGAUCAUACUGACUAGUUGGUUCAUUCUGCCCCUUAUGAACUUGGUCUGGUUCAGUCUGCUCUACGAUGGCCUUCUACGCUUAUUGGAACAUACCAAAGUUAUAUGUACCUACGCACAACUGAAACCAACCAAUUCUGAUUAUGUCUUCAAGCUAACUAAGCGGGUAUACGACAUUGUACACGCUCAAGACGCCAGAAUAUCCGUGUACAACAUGUUCCUAUUCGACACUGGGUUCAUGCUCAAGCUGGCUGCCUCCAUUUUCGUGUACAUAACAGUGCUGGUACAAUUCACGCUGUAUGACCGCAAAUAUGGGAUCGAUCAUAACAUUACUGCUACACCAGUUAUGUGAUGUUUUAGUUAGACUAUGUAUUUAGAGUAAAUUAAAUCAAAAAUCAUGUAUUC